UUGAGUGUGACCACGUGACAGUUCAAAGGGCAUGCAGAGGUCGUGUUGUGCUUUUCCUUCUUCCUUACAUGUUUGUUUGUUUUUAAGCCAGCCGGUUCUGGUGAUGUGAUGGCUUUCCUGACUCUCUUCGUGAGAAGGCAGCUGCCGCAGGCCGUCAGCUACUUCGCUCGCGUAGUGGAGCUGGGCCGGCCCGGCUGCGGCGGCGGCGGAGCCCCGCUGCGGAGGCUGCAUGGCUCGGCGCGGCAGCGGGUGGGGGACAAGGGGCCGUGGGGCAAGAGCCAGCGGGGUCCGGAGCAGCCACUGCAGCAGUACCACCUCACAGACCUCGACAAGGCGGACGCUUUGAUGCUGAGGAAGUCGCAUGAAACAGGGUUCCUGUCGUGGUUCAGGAACGGCUUGCUGGCGACUGGGAUUGGAGUCAUCGCUUUUGUCCAGAGUGAAGUGGGACGGGAAGCAGGAUACGCCUUCUUCAUCCUGGGAGGCGUCUGCGUGUCGUUUGGCGGCGCGUCCUACGUUGGCAGCCUCUUCGCCCUGCGGAGGCUGAUGCUGCUGUCUGUGCCAGCUCUGCUGCUCCAGGGCACCGUGGUGGGCACCGUCGCCCUCUUCUGGCUCUGCGCCGUAUCGCUGUACAUCGGCCGCCUGGAGGUGGAGAUCAUCCACGAGGACGAGGAGGGGGACGGCGGGGAGGACGACGGAGAGUGCCGGGAGUGCCGCGAGAGGCGGGAGCAGCGAGGUCACAGAGGCUCCCAGGACAGUGAGGACAGUGGCAGCAAGGGCCAAAACAAAUAGCGAUCUUCCAGGAAUGCUCAGUGUGUGUGUGUGUGUGUGUGUGUGUGUGUGUUUUUUUUUUCUUGAUGCUCUGAUUCAGGAUUUCUCUUAUUUGUAUGUCUGUGAAAAAUGCAUACAUGUUCAUGUGCAGACUGUGAGCUUAAAAAAUGCAAACCUGUCAUCUAUUGUUAUAAAAAAUUAUUCAGGUGAAGAAAAACUUUUAACUUUUU